AUGAAUGCUGAGAUUAAACAGUUAGCUGAUAACUGUGAGGCAUGUCAAGAAAUGAAGGCAAGAACCAGUAAAAACCUUCUUAAUCAGCAUGAUCAAGGAACGAGUGCAUGGCAGAAAGUUGGUUUAGAUUUGUUUGAAAUCAAAGGUAGAAAUUACCUUGUGACAGUUGAUUAUUACAGCAACUUUAUAGAAGUAGACUAUCUGAGCACUACUACUUCCAAUGUGGUUAUCGCGAUUCUGAAGAAGCAUUUUGCGAGAUAUGGUGUCCCGAUCACCAUAGUAUCUGAUGGUGGGCCGCAGUUUGCGUCAAGUGUGUUUGACCAAUUCACGAAGAAAUGGGGUAUAAGACACAUAAAAUCAAGCCCACACUACCCAAGAGCAAACGGAAAGGCUGAAUCGGCAGUAAAAACUGUAAAACACCUUAUGUACAAAUGCGUUAAAAACAAUGAGGAUCAGUUUGAAGCUCUAUUAGAACUGAGAAAUGUACCAAGACAAGAAACUGGGCUGAGCCCGUACCAAAUGGUGUUUGGAAAGCCAGGACGUACAUUCUUACCGUCAGUUGCUAAGAAAAGCAAGGAUCCUCAGGUGUUAGAAAAGAUCAACAAAAGAAACAAAUCUGUGAAGAAAUACCAUGAUAAGAGUGCGCGUGACCUGCCUAAGCUCAAAAUAGGUCAAAAUGUAUACUUUGAACAAAAACAAAAUCAACAAUGGAUUUUAGGAAAAGUAUUGGACACAUGUGAUGAACAUAGUUACCAGGUCAAAGCCCAGGAUGGAGCUACCUAUAGAAGGAAUAGGAUACACAUACGUCCAACGAAAAUUGAACCCUACAUUCGUGAUAAAUCUCCAGCACGUAUGACUAACAGUGAAUUACCAACUGGUGGAAAACUACAGGACUGUCAGAAUCCUAUGUAUACUCCAAGUGACAAUGUUACAAAACAGUGUGAGAAUUAUCACAGUGCUGCUAAUGCUAAUGAACUGACUGAAACAAAAACUGUGGAAUCUGCAGAUUCUAUUAAGACUGGAAAUGAAAUUCCACAAACAAUAAGACCAAAACGUGAGUGCAGAAAGCCCAAUUAUCUUAAGGACUAUGUAGUUUACAAGUGAAAUUGCUGUAAACAUGAUAAGACAUUUUCUAAGGACUGUUUACAUGGACUGUAAUUUGUUUCAGGAAUCACUGGAUUUCCUUGUUCUUGUAUGCAAAUUUGUGCAUUGUUUUCAUUGACAUUAUCAGAACAGUUGUGAUUUUCUUGUUUACUUACAUUCAAAUGUUUGAUAUUUGAAUCUUUAAAGGACAAUGUUACUUAAAGUUUAAUGUAUGUUUACGUGUUCAACGACUGAAAAGGAACACUGGCAGAUUGUUUGCAAAAACUUUAUUAUAUUCAUAGACUUUUCUAUUGUGGAAUGGAGAACUGUUUAUUCUGGAGUUGUAUUAAAUGCAAGGAAAUGCAUUGCCAUACAUGACAGUCAAAGACUGGUUACACAUACAUUGACUUUGAUCAGUAUGGAUCUAGAUCUGAGCACCAGACAGAUCAUAUUUUGAUUGGGCAACAGUAUUUGUAUUGUGAACUUGUUAUAUCUCCUCUUAGCUCACUUUGUCCUUUGUAGAGCAUAUUUUUCUUUUAUAAAGAAGGGGGGAUGUUGAUGAUUGUGUUAGUUGAGACCGUGACCUCUGACAUUGUGUUCCGUUCCCAUGAUGCAUUAGUAUAAUGGUUAGGUAUUGAAUAAAGUUCAGUGUUUAUUGAACAUGUGAAUGUUGCGUUGUUCCACAUACACACAG